AUGCGUGUUACUCUUGCUGCCUCCCUCGCCUUCUUCGCCGCUACUGCCGCCGCCAACCGAGCAAUCCCCGUUGGUGACGCAGAUUUUGUGGAUGCUUCCUACGACCAUGCCAUGGGCUUGGGUAGAGUUCCCUACGAUUCCUUUGUCGAUCUUGAGGGAAACACCAACCAGCGCGGUUCGAAUGGCGCUACUCACAGGGGCACAGGGAGGAAGUCGGGUGUUGGCAGAGGUCGGAUUGGCAUCAGGCUGCCUUACCAGAGCCCGCCGUUCUUCCCCGACACUUUCGAGCUUCCUGGUCUCAGCAAGCGCAGCGACGAUUACGAUUACGAGCAUGACAACGAAUACUACGUAGAUUCCUACAACCAGCGUGGCGGAUUCGGUAGAGGUAUUGGCCGUGGGCUCGGCAGAAUUGGUGAUGCAGUAAGCCCAGGUGACAUUGCCUCGAUUCUCGACAUGUUUGUAAAGAGAACCAAUGACGGCAACCAACGCGUCAGCUCUAAGAAGAGUUUAGGCAAGGUCAGAUCCAACCCUAAGCGCCCUAAGACCAUUCGUAUUAAGCCAACGAACCCUGGUCCCUUCCCAUCUAUU